GUGGAUGUGACGCGGCUGUAAGAAAGGGUAUCCAUGCACUCCCCUCCCCAGUGCUAGCCUUCGUCCUUGCUCUCUGGAACGCCUCUACAUGGCUCAGUAAUUUUCGGGAGAUGCAUCCUAAAGUCCUACGAGCUCUCGCCUGCUUGGACUACAUGUGAAACUUCUCCGUGCUUCCCAGGGCCUCUGGAUGGGAUUGCAACUUUGCAGUUUUUGUUAAGUUGAGACUGUGUGUCUGUUGGGCAGCAGGUGACAAGAGACAAUCACGAAGUCUCCGUGGACGGAGUGAUUUUAACCAGGAGAGGCUUCUGUGAACCCAAGUGAGACCAUCCAGCUUCAGCUGCAUGUUCUUGUCUGCUACAUUUUCUGCUGUGGACUUCUAUCUUCUUGCUACAAGGGGACUAGUCACUGUUAACAUUCUUUUUGCACGAUUUUCUUAUUUACUCAAGAACUCGGAGCAAUGGACAUUGCAACAGGUCCUGAAUCCCUGGAAAGGUGUUUUAACAGAGGACAGCCGGACCGUUCAAAGAUGUUGAACGGGAUUAAAAUGGAAGAUCAUGCACUACGCUCGGGUCCAGCAACUUUGGGGGUGUUACUUGGCACUGAUUGCCAGCAUCAAGCUAUAUGUGAAGGGUGCCAGAGGCCCAUCUCCGAUCGCUUUUUAAUGAGAGUCAACGAAUCUUCCUGGCAUGAAGAGUGUUUGCAAUGCGCUGUGUGUCGACAGACCCUCACCACCAGCUGCUACUUCCGGGAUAGGAAACUCUACUGCAAGCAGGACUACCAACACUUGUUUGCUACAAAAUGCAGUGGAUGCAUGGAAAAGAUAGCACCUACAGAGUUUGUCAUGAGGGCGUUGGAGUGUGUUUAUCACUUGAGCUGCUUCUGCUGUUGUGUCUGUGAGCGACAGCUUCGGAAAGGCGAUGAGUUUGUUCUCAAGGAAGGACAGCUGCUGUGCAAAAGUGACUAUGAAAAGGAAAAAGAUUUACUUAGCUCUGUAAGUCCAGAUGAUUCAGAUUCAGCUGACGAUGUUGAUUCAAUUGAAAAUCUAUCAACAGUUAAGAGUGAUGAUGAUGAUGCAGAUCAUAAACCUGGCAAAGGGCAAGGAAAUACAGGAAAAGGCAGUGAAGACAGCAAAGACCCACGGCGACCAAAACGGCCUAGGACAAUACUUACAACGCAGCAAAGAAGAGCAUUUAAAGCAUCAUUUGAAGUAUCUUCAAAACCUUGCAGAAAGGUUCGAGAAACACUGGCAGCUGAAACAGGACUUAGCGUCAGGGUGGUUCAGGUCUGGUUUCAGAACCAAAGAGCAAAAAUGAAGAAACUUGCACGCAGACACCAACAGCAACAAGAACAGCAAAAUUCUCAGAGACUUGGCCAAGAUGUUAUAUCCAACCGAAUGGAAGGCAUGAUGAAGUCGUAUACCCCGCUUGCACCCCCACAGCAGCAAAUUGUGCCAAUGGAUCAGAACAGUUACAGUACUGAUCCAUUUCAGCAGGGACUAACUCCACCUCAAAUGCCUGGGGACCAUAUGAAUCCUUACGGAAAUGAUUCCAUUUUCCAUGAUAUUGACAGUGAUACCUCCUUAACCAGCUUAAGUGAUUGUUUUCUUGCUUCAUCAGAGGUGAAUUCAAUGCAAGCAAGGGUAGGAAACCCUAUCGACAGGCUCUAUUCCAUGCAGAAUUCAUAUUUUGCUUCAUGAAAGAAUGAACCUGUAAAUGCCUGUAACAACAGGGUGACUUUUGUGUACAGACUGUACAGCCAUAUGUUAUCAGGCCCUCUCCUUACUGGUACUUCCAGAAAGUUUCCUUAGUGAUAGGGGAACGUUAAAGAAGGUGGUGUACUUUGAUAUUUUCCAUACUACUUCAGUAUGACUCAAGACACCAGAAGAAAAUGGGAACCUAUUUCUCCAGAAAUCUGAAACUGAAGACUUUUUGUACAGUUCUUUAUUUCUUAAGAGACUUAAAUGACUCUGAAACAGACACCUGUUUUUUUUCAGGACGUUUUGCCAUGAUAAGAAAUUAAAAUGUCACUGAUUUUAGUCAGCUGCCCAGAUACAAUGAUGAAGGGAUAAGUGAGACGUUCUCUCUUAAUGCAUGAGUCAUCAUGUAAUUGCGGGCAAAGAAACUGUGGAACACUGAGGUGUAAAAAUGUUCAAGUUUUGUGUUUAUUUUAUACAUAUGUCUACAUAAACAUAGUUCACUUCAUUAGUUUAUAGCAUAUCUAGUGUAUGAUAUUUAUGACACUGUUUCAGCCAUGAAUUGCAGACAAAUUGCUCUAACAGUUGUUAUGCAUGUAAAGAUGGAGGCCUUCUAUUUAUUUAGUUCCGUACAAAAUUCAGAAGGUGAUUUAAAAUAAAAAUCAUUAUUUAAUAACAUAAUGUAAGUAGCUGGACAUGUUUAACUUUUAUGUCAUUCAGUGUUGAAUUAAAAA